AAGAAAAAUGAAAUAUCUCACCGAUUCAGACCAAAAAACGUAUGACAGAUACCCGAGUCAUCUCGACCUGGACCGAGUUCACUCGCAACUCAGCCGUUUACUUGCUCUUCACGUUUGUCGCCAUCAAAGUCUACAAAUUUCUCUUCUGCUGUAAUCGAACCUCCGAAAUGUCAUCGUUUUCGAUGGCGACCCAUCCCGAAGCUCUCCGGCGGGAGCGAAUUCUCAACAGCAAACUCUACUUCGACGUCCCUCUUUCAAAGGUUUCGAUCAUCUAUUCAUCGGCAUAUAACAUCUCCUUCUUGGGUAUUGAGAAAUUGCACCCAUUUGAUUCGACCAAGUGGGGCAGAGUUUGCAAGUUCCUUGUUUCAGAUGGGUUUUUGGAGGAGAAAUCAAUCGUUGAGCCUCUUGAAGCUUCAAUGACUGAUCUUUUAGUGGUUCAUUCGGAGAACUACCUAAACAGUUUGAAAAGCAGUGCUACUGUAGCUAGGAUAGCCGAGGUUCCACUGGUUGCCUUUUUUCCUAAUUUUCUUGUGCAGCAGAAAGUUCUUUACCCAUUCCGUAAGCAGGUUGGUGGGACGAUUCUGGCAGCCAAACUCGCAACAGAACGUGGAUGGGCUAUUAAUAUUGGAGGAGGUUUUCAUCAUUGUACUGCCGAGAGAGGAGGCGGCUUUUGUGCCUUCGCUGAUAUUUCUCUCUGUGCUCACUUUGCAUUUCUUCGUUUAAGAAUAUCAAGGGUUAUGAUAAUAGAUCUUGACGCUCAUCAAGGGAAUGGCCACGAAACAGAUCUUGGCGAUGACAAUCGCGUUUACAUUCUGGAUAUGUACAAUCCCGAGAUAUACCCUUUCGAUUAUAGAGCUAGGAGAUUUAUCGAUCAGAAGGUUGAGGUCGUGAGCGGGACUACCACCGAGGAGUAUUUGAGGAAACUAGAUGAUGCCCUUGAGGUUGCUUCGCGAAAUUUCCAACCAGAGUUGGUGAUUUACAAUGCUGGGACUGAUAUCUUAGACGGAGACCCUCUGGGGCGUCUAAAGAUAAGCCCUGAUGGUAUAACAAGUAGAGACGAGAAAGUCUUCAGAUUUGCAAGGGAAAAAAAUAUUCCUCUUGUGAUGCUGACUUCAGGUGGGUACAUGCAGUCUAGCGCCAGAGUUAUUGCGGAUUCCAUUGAGAAUCUCUCACGUCAAGGAUUGAUCCAGACACGGCCGGAAUGAGUUUCCACACGAACUGUUAUAGAGCCAAAACAGAGUUUCUGUGUUUCGGCUAUGUGUUUAUAUUUGUAUAGAGAGAUAACAAGAGAGACCCUUCUGACUUGUUCGUCCUGAGUAACAAACCAAUGUACAUAUAUAUAUGUGUUAUUUCUUCCCGUUUGUGUUCAAAUGGAAUGUGAAUUGAUAGAGGAUUGUUUCUACUUUGAACUUUGAGUUGUGUAUUAAUAGGAUGGAAAUGAAAGUAUAGCAAGUUUGGUGUUGUGGAAACUUGAAUAACUAAUUUUGUUAAAACUAUGAACCACAAAAUGCUUUUGACAGUUACAGUUUGGAACCAAACAUUGAAGAACAGGAAAAAAAUAAACCAAAUAAUGAUAGAAUAUACUCAUCUCCUCAUCUCUAAUAGGAACGUAGCACUAUGUUUUAUAGCUACAUGAAUCUUCAA